UCAUUUCUCACAUAACUGGGAAGGGAGCAAGUCACAGGCACUCUUUCCAGCUCUUCCCAAGGAGCUAUCAGACUUAAAAGGCUGCUUCUUCAAGACUGAAUUUCUGGUGUUUCUACAAGUGGAUGCAAUUUGGUGUUCCACUUUGUGGGAAGGGAUUGCUGUGGGAGUUUGGUGUAAGCACAUUAAUAAUUUCAAAAAUGUUCCUCUAAAAUCUCAGUAAGAGGCAUAGCUGCUAUCCAGCUGCGGUUUCAGGAAUUGCUUUUAUGAGCACUCCAAUAUAAUUUUCAAGGCAGACUGGUGUGGAGGCUAGGAGACAAAGAAAAUGAGUACAAACAGCACCUUCUUGGAUCGGAUCAUUUUCCAUCCUGUUCUGUGUGAGGGUUGGAAACUCUAUAUGGAAGGAGCAACCUAUCAUCUUGCUGGUUUCUUCCUCCUCCUGGGAUUUAUGGGAGGAAGUGGAACAUUUGGCUCCAUCUUCAUCUUUGGCUUCUUGGCCAUUGGUUUCUCCUGCACUGCACUCUGGGGCUGGAUAGAUGCUUGUGGACUUGACAUCUUCAUUUGGAACAUGAUUUUAGUUCUGAUCUGUUUGCUUCAAAUAGUUCACCUAGUUUACCAGCUCCGUAAAGACACCUUUCUUGAAGAAUUUGACCUGCUCUACAAACGACUUUGCCAGCCCCUGCAAGUGCCACACCAGGUCUUCAAGGAAAUUGUCAAGUGCUGCGAGGAAAGGGUUCUGCCAUUGGCCAGAGACCAGACCUAUGCUGUGGAAGGGAAGACAUCAAUUGAUCGUCUGUCAUUCUUACUGUCUGGCAGGGUUAGAGUAAGCCAGGAUGGACAAUUCCUACAUUAUGUCUUCCCAUAUCAGUUCCUGGAUUCUCCUGAGUGGGAAUCGCUUCGACCUUCUGAAGAGGGAAUAUUUCAGGUGACACUGACAGCAGAGACUGACUGCAGUUUCAUCACUUGGCCAAGGAAGAAGCUCUACUUGCUUCUGGCAAAAGAGCGCUAUAUUGCCCGCCUGUUCUCAGUCCUCCUUGGCUUUGAUAUCUCAGAGAAACUGUAUGCCCUAAAUGAAAAGCUUUUUGCAAAAUUUGGCCUGCGAUUUGACAUCCGUCUUCCCAGCCUCUAUCAUGUCCUGGGACCUGCCUCUUCAGACGUGGAGGUGGAGAAAGAACCAGAGGAAUGUGAAGAGACAACAGCCCCAUUAGGCCAUUCGCCCACAUUUGUCCAGACAGCUCCUGUGGCCCCUUGCACUGGGUCUCCUCCUGUCCCUCCUGCCCAUCCCAGGAUACCUCGGCCUGACAGUGACCUGUCUGCUUCUGGAAGCCACCUGAAGAUUAAUCACCAGGCCCUUGCAAAAGGACGAGCCCCUCUGGCUCCUACUCAGACCCCAGAACUCUAGAGAAAGAGAUUGGACUCUCAGAGACCCACACAUCACCAUAUGGUCACUCAUGACUGAUCAGAAUGGUGCUCUUUACUUGUGUGUCACCACAUGUAUAACACAAGCACCAGCAUGGCACACUUGAAGUGCAUGCAUGAGACUGAAGUGUGAUGGUAGAGCACUUCCCAUAAAUUGUUGAUCUGCUGUGGCACCAGCUAUUUCUGAGUCUGUAUUUUUGAACACUUGCCUGUAUGGUUUUGCUAUUAAGUGCAUUAAACAUCUUAGAAAGACCAUC